AUGCUCUAUCUUGAAACGCUGAAUCCCCAAUCUGCCCAACCUGAUGGCUCUGCUGACAAGAGCGAGCUACCUGUUCAGCAAAGCAGCCCUUCGGUGCCCUCACACGGAACUGCUGGCCAGGAUGCGGAAGGGGAUGCUGAACUCGAACAGCAUUCGACUUCUACCUCGUCGGCGAGAAAACGACCGGCCGACGAAACCUCGCCUCUACCCAGGCCGAAGCACAAGCGUAAGAAACGGCAUUGCUGUGACGCCGAGGACGACAUGAUGCAGUCGGAUGCGGAGCUGGGCGCAAUGGAGGAACAGAUAACGACCGAAGUGAACCAGAAAUUUGACACCGAUCGUACCACGGAUACGACAACCCAUGAGGAUGGUAAACCGGUGCACGUAAGCAAGCGCUGGGACUGGACCCCUGAGGAAGACAAGACGAUCAAAUCUUACUUUAAGUCGGGGAAAACGCAGCAGCAAGUUGCGGCCGAAGUUCACCAGGAAUCCGACAUUGACCGAACCCAAAGCACGAUAUACAAGAGGGUUGGUCAACUGAUGCGUAGACUCGAGCAGCGGGCCUGGACCCCCAAGGAAGACGAAACCAUUAAACUGGGUUUGGAGUUGCGGAAAACGCAUGGGCAAAUCGGCCGAACUGAGCCAAGGACCCAGCAGCACCAGUCAAGUCAAGGUCAAUCAAGUUCGAGAAAGGAUCGAAGAAUUGAGGCUUGUUAA